CCCGUGCGAAACAUCCGAGUCUUGUUUCCGAGAGUGCGGAGAGAUUUCCCUUGUUUGAGAGAUGGCAAUGGUCCUGGAUUCAUUUGUUUCAAGAUACAUUGAACAAGUGACGGGCUUUGUUGAGGGAGAGAUAUGCAAAGUGCUGGGCGUGAAGAAGGAGAUCAAGACGCUGCAGGAGAAGCUGGAGAUGAUCAAAUGUUACCUCGAAAGCGCAGAGCGGAAAAGCAGUGGGGAUCCCGGCAUCGAGGCCUGGGUGAGGAAGCUGAAAGACAUCAUGUACGAUGCCGACGACAUCAUCGAUCUGUGCAUGAUGGACGGUGGCAAACUGUUGGAGGCUGGGGGAUCAGCAUCGGCUUCGGGGGUAAGCUUCGCUUUCAGCUUUGUUUCUUCUUGCUUUCUGUGUACCAAACACCGCCAUGAGAUUGCGGGUGAAAUCGAAGCCAUUAAUGGUAGACUGAAACAAAUAGCUGAGCAUACCUCCAUCCUUAGUAAUCUACAGUCUUCUGGUAGUCACCAACCCCAACCCGAAAAACCAACUGUACUUGAGACGACUCCCUUGGAAGUCGAGGGGGACAUCGUCGGGGGACAAAUCGAAGUAGAUGCUGAUACUCUAAUCAAUGCCAUGCUAGAGGACACCAAACAAAAAUGUCGUAUUUUUGGGAUUGUUGGAAUGGGCGGAAUCGGGAAGUCCACUCUGGCACGUAAAAUACACAAUGAUGAAAGGAUCAGAGUCAAUUUUCCCAUUCAGAAAUGGUUGUAUAUCUCUAAGAAUUAUUCGGAGACGAAGUUACUCAGAAUGUUAAUUCGGUGUGCAGGAGAUGAAACCAAAGCAGAAUCUUUUGAGGAAGACAGCAGAGCAGAAAUGGAACCCAAACUUGCCUCACUCGUUACUAAAAAUUGGACUACGAAGAUGUAUCGAGAUUUACCCUGAAAUUAGUAAUGGCAUGGUACGAAGAGAGAUAUAGUAAAUUUUAUUUCUAAAUAUCUGAUAUGUCAGUAGGUGAAAGUAGAACAUUGAAUACCGACAGAAAAAUUGUAAAGAAUUUGAAUUUCUAAAUGGAUGUGAGAGCAAAUUAUUAUGGAGUUUGUG